AUGAUUAAUUUAGAAAAUAAAUCAUGCAGAAUUAAAGAUCAGAAAUGUUUUGAAACUCUGAAGGCCGUUGAAGUUUUCAGUGAUCAACAACUCGCUGGCCUGGAAGCUCGGUUUGAAGCGCAAAGAUACUUGAGCACACCAGAGAGGGUAGAGCUUGCGGCAGCACUCCAUCUAUCAGAAACACAAGUUAAGACGUGGUUUCAAAACCGACGGAUGAAGCAUAAAAAACAAUUAAGAAAAAUUAAUAACAGUAACAAUAGUAGCAAUCUUUCAAAUGGACAUCAGAGUGGGCAAUCAUCGUCGGCGAUGUCACCAGCAGAAAGACCAGUGGAUUUUUCGUUAAACGCUGGCCGAGAAUCACGGGCAAGCAGUGAUGCGGUGAUGGAUUCAGAUUCAGAUGAAAUCGACGUUCUUGGUGAUGAAACUCCGUUGCCUGUCCAAACAUCAACACUCAAUCAGCCGGUAAAGCGUUCGUCUUCAUCUCCUUUAAAUUUCCAUCGGUCUUUACAUUCGACUGUGAGUUUGGCGUAUCAAUCGCCUCAUCAAAAUCAGACACUUCAAUCCCGUAUUCAUCGCUGA